AUGGAUUCAAAGAUGGACGUUGACGUUGGCAAACCGGCGCAGCCUCAUGGUCUGUCGCCCGCAACAGACCCGCAGUCGAUAUCGACCCUGGAUGGUUGGAUCGAGAGCUUGAUGGACUGCAAACAAUUGGCCGAGAGCGAUGUCGCGAGGCUUUGCGAUAGAGCCCGGGAAAUCCUGCAAGAAGAGUCGAAUGUCCAACCAGUGAAAUGCCCGGUCACAGUCUGUGGCGACAUUCAUGGGCAGUUCCACGAUCUAAUGGAACUGUUUCGCAUCGGUGGACCGAAUCCUGACACGAACUACCUCUUUAUGGGAGACUACGUGGAUCGUGGCUAUUAUUCCGUCGAGACCGUGACCCUCCUUGUUGCCCUCAAGAUCCGAUACCCUUCUAGGAUCACCAUCCUGCGUGGUAACCACGAAUCCAGACAGAUCACCCAGGUGUACGGGUUCUACGACGAAUGUCUGAGGAAAUAUGGCAAUGCAAACGUCUGGAAAUACUUCACCGAUCUCUUUGACUACCUCCCUCUUACCGCCCUCAUUGACAACCAAAUCUUCUGCCUGCACGGCGGGCUGUCGCCCAGCAUCGACACCCUCGACAACAUAAGAUCCCUCGACCGGAUUCAGGAAGUGCCUCACGAAGGACCAAUGUGUGAUCUCUUGUGGAGCGACCCAGACGAUAGAUGUGGAUGGGGCAUCAGCCCCCGAGGUGCAGGAUACACUUUUGGCCAAGACAUCUCGGAAGCAUUUAAUCACAACAAUGGUUUGACGCUGGUGGCCAGAGCCCAUCAACUGGUCAUGGAAGGAUACAACUGGAGUCAAGAUAGGAACGUGGUGACAAUCUUCAGUGCCCCGAAUUACUGCUACAGAUGCGGCAAUCAAGCCGCCAUCAUGGAGAUCGACGAGCAUUUGAAGUACACUUUCUUGCAAUUUGAUCCCUGCCCUCGCGCCGGUGAGCCCAUGGUCAGCCGAAGAACACCGGAUUACUUCCUCUAA